AUGUUUUCCCCCAAUACUUACACGUCUUCUAGGAAUCCAACAAGAUACAAUUCACGAUACGACGGCGAUCGCCGGUCUCGAUCACCUGGCGAGCGUUCGGAGCGCUACGAGCGAGGUUCCCAGUACAGCGACGGUGAUAGGAGGCGAUCAUCAGCCGAGACGCGCUCUGCUUCAGCUUUCCAGAACAACCGCGAGCCGUUCCGGGAUAACAUAGCCCGCGAGCCACCUCGCGGCCCGAAAGCCCUGCUUGACCCACCAGCUGGUCCUCGGGGUGGUGGACACGCUGGCGACUUCGUCGGUAGAGGACGAGGUCGAGGGCGCGGCCGAGGAUGGGGCCGUGACGGCAGCAGAGACCGAGGUCGUGACCGCGACGGAGACUUCAGAGACCGCGGAUGGGAUCGCGACGAGUUCCGUGACCGCAGAGACAACAACUACCGAGACGACCGGAGCCGAGAGAGAGAGCGAGAUCGCGAUUGGCGCGAUGGCCGAGAAAACUUCCGCACAAGGAGACCCUCGCCAGGCAGAGGCCGAUCGCCGCCCCCACCACUGCGCGAGUUCCGAGACCGCGAGCCUGGUCUUGUGGUAGAACCAGAACGCUCCAGACGUGGAUCAAGGGAUGGAGGACCUCCUUCGGCUGGCUCCUCCAAUUCCGAUCAAGCCUUCGGCUUUGGAGGGCCUUUCCCCCGUGGUGGAGGCUUCCGAGGGCGCGAUCGCGGACGCGGCUGGGACCGCGGAAGAGGUGGCAGAGGAGGAGGAGGCGGCGGCUAUUACGAUGAGCGCGAUCGGUUUGGGCCUCGCAGUCGCUCUCAGGAAGGGCGCUGGGGUCGCGAACGAGACGAACGCGACCGCGUCGAACGCAACGACCGAUGGGCGGAUCCUGAUGCCCGCCGAGACCCCCGAGACGAGCGAGAGCCUCCCCGAGAGCUCUUCCGAGCGAAGCUCGAGCGGGGCCAAUCAUCGCAGGCGCCAUCUCCCAUCAACAACAAGGAUGUCUCUCCGCCUCCUGUCGCUCCUUCGGCACCAGCGUUCGGCUCUGUUCCAAGCCGCAUCACAGGCGUGAGCGAUGCGCCCGCAGCUGGAGGUACCGGAAAGGUCCCACCCACUGGGCCACGAGGCUUCAAUGCCGAACGCCCCGUGUCUGCGGGACACCCGGGCGGCAAUGACAUCCAGGCUCCCCCAAGUGGCCCAUCAAAGCCGCAGCUCCCAGAUGGAAGCCCACCGAUCCCACUUGGACCACGUUCUCAGCAACAGAAGCAGCAGCGUCCUUCAAGCAAGCAAUGGAUUAACCCGGCACUCGCAGGGAAAAAGAUUCCGGAGUCCCCAAAGAUCAUGCGGUCCCAAAGUUUUGCUCAGCAACAACGACCUUUCCCCUUCCGCCCAGACAACGGCAAUGCAGAGCAGAGCGACUAUGAACGACGUCCUCGAAGCAGUGACGCGAAGGCAGACCAGGUGCCAAACUCGCCCGACUCCCAAGCACGUUCCUAUCAAGGUCCCGAACCAGGCGAAAUUGUGACGACCAAAUCGGAACGCGAUCACAGAUCCCCCAGAGCCUCCAUGGAAAGGAACAUGAGAUACGGAGAUGACUAUAGAGAUGCUGCUCCGUUUGUGUCAAACGUUCAGAGGCUAGGCGAUGCGAAGCCGGCAACGAAGCCCCGUGAGCCAGCGGUACCCUCUCACGCCCCGGAUGUUGGGCCAGCGUCGGCAAAGGGACCAACGCCACCUCCGCCCACGCCCCCCCGCAAGCAAACUAAGCUCCGCAUCCCAGUUGUGCACUUUGCAUUGCCGCCACGGGAGGCGCAGGCAACAUCAUCAGACGAACCGUCAGAGUCGGAUGACGAUGAAGACUUUGGAGAGUACUUUGCGACGGAAAUUGCCAAAGAAGAAGCUGAAUUACGACGCCUAGAAGGACUUGCAGACGACGUACCAGACCAUGUUGUUGCUCGCUUUGCCAAAGUCUCCCACGAAGCGAUGAUGAAGCUUGUCGCUGAGCCAGAAGGUCUCGUUGAGAUGCUAGGUCAGCCUCCACAAGAGGCUUUGACUCCGCCCAAAGAGGAGAAAGCCCAGGCCGCUGCCACGACCGAAGAGACGGACCCACGACCGGUCCUUCACAGCGUCUUGCCUCGCAGAGCAUCACUUGUCGAUGAUGCCGUGCCGGGAAAACGCGUCGAGACAGCAGCAUCGUCCGAGACUGCAGUGGAGCCACAGGCCAAGACGGAGGACAUGGACAUCGAUGAAGCCCGGCCUACCGUCUUGGCGCCACCAAAAGAAGCAUUGGAAGCGUCUUUAGAACCAGAUGCUCCAGUGAAGGAUGCUGUUCAAGAAACCGUAGAAACGAUGGAAGUCAGCUCCGCACCACCCCAGAAGCAGCCCGGGCAGCCCAAGGCGGUUCCUCUUCCCAAUGCGCCCAUCGAAACGAUCGAACGAGAGAAGGGCGCGCCAAGCACGCCUUCUCAAGUAGACGACGAGGACGAUGACAAUUCCACCGAGUCGGACGAGCUGGAUCCGAUGGAUCUCGACGCUCAACGUCGCCUCGAGACCCCGCCCAUUGAAAGUCUUCCCAACUUCGAAUGUCUGGCUUGGAACCGAGACAAAGACUUCCUCCAGUCUUUGCAGUCUGAUUCAACAGUCGACGCCUUCAUUGCCGAGGAGCUUGACAAAGUAUCGCUACUGAAGCUAUCAGAACAAGACGCUGCACGGAAAGCGUAUGGUGAAAGGUACAUGGACUACCUCAACUACACGUUAUCUGACGACCUGGUUGCCACGAAGAGCAGAGAAAAAUUCGUCAGCAAUAUCCCGCCGCCGGAAACGACCAGCAACAUCCCUAUCGUGCCAGAACCAACGAAGCCUGAAGGUCGGGCAUCCGGAAGGCGUUUCGCUACGGAGCUCGACGUUGAAAGGGCAAUUCAGGAAUCAGUCAAGGCAGAGGAAGAGCGCAAGGAACGCGAGGCCAUUGCCCAAAAACAACGUUUUCGUAACGAGAAGGAGGCGAUACCUCCUGAUAUGUACUGGACGGACGAGGACCGGAACAAUGAGGACUUUGUGGACAGCUCUGGCCUCAUGACGAUUGACCAGCUCGUGCCGACCUGGAACAUUCUUCCCCCCAUCAACAACUUCACCGCAGAAGAGAACGAGCAAUUCGAACGAGGCUAUCUCGAUAAGCCGAAACAGUGGGGCGUUAUUGCGGAUGGCGUCGAGGGGCGUGACUUCAAGACCUGCAUCCUGUACUACUACUUGAUGAAGAAGCACCUGAACCUGAAGGAGAGAUACAAGAAGCAACCGAAGAAGAGGAAGAAGGCUGGAGGCAGAGCCAAGACUCGUUCGAGCGCCCUUGUCUCAGAACUCGGCAACAAAGAUGCUGAGACCGAAGACAAUCAAGAAGGCGGCGAGAACGGUGAGCGUGCAAGACGACCCAGGCGUGCAGCGGCCCCGACCUUCGACUUUGAGCGACCGCCGACCGACUCUGAUAACGCAACACCUGCCGGGACCCCCGGGCGUCGGUCAGGGAAGAAUAGUGAUGGGACAGAGAAGGUCGAUGGCAGGAAAAAUAGGCGUCGUGCCAAAGACAAGGAGCCCAAGGCACCCAAGGCGGCCCAGGCCCUCGCCGCAGCUCCUGCUGCUGCUGGUCCAAACCGAGGAAGAUCGCGAUCGGACUCGCGCGUACAGAACCCCGAGAUCCAGCAACCUGUCACGAACCCUCCGGAGUCCCGACUGCCCGCUCAGCUCGAAGCCCCAUCAACCGGGAUGCAGGCACCGUUCAUGCCCGUACCUUUGCAACCGCAGCAGCCACCCGUUCCCCACGAAAGGCCUGCCCCGACUGUUCCAUCUACUAUAUCCGAGGUCAUGGCACCGCCAUCCCUUCGACCUGAGCCUCCCCCACCCCCUCAGCCAACAAUGCCGACUUUUGAUCUUGGGCAACCCCAGCCUCAGCAGCCACCCCAGCCCCAAUCCCUCCCAACGUCCCAGCCACAGCCAGCAACCGAGCGUCGUACCCACGUGCAACCUUCGAGCUACUGGAGUGUUUCCGAGGGAGAGGUGUUCCCUGGCUUAUUGAAAGCCUUUGGCUCAGACUGGCACGCCAUGGCGGCACACAUGGGUUCGAAAACGGCCGUCAUGGUCAAGAACUAUUACGUCCGGCAGCGAGACUCUGGUAAAGUGGAAUGGGAGCGAUUUCUCCAGGAGGCCGACAAGAAGAAGAAUCGAGGCGAAAAGCGGCCCGAGCCUCCCCCACCUCCAACACAGACGGGGCGAAAGAAGUACGAUCCGGCAUCAGCCACCCAAAACAGGCCCCUCGCAUCAUCGGCAACCCGAGAACAGGGUCUAGAGAUUGCCCAAGGAAAGCCUGUCGAGAACCCACCUGUUCAGCCGUCUCAGUCACAGCCGUACGGCCGGUUUGCCGUGCCCAUCGCGCAGGCGCCACCUGCAGCAACGCAGCCUUUUGCACAGAGUGUCCAGCAGCCUCCGCUGCAGAUCCAGCAGCACAAUGUGGCCCCACCAGGCGUCAGCCAGUCCAUGUCGCCCAACAACCGACCGCUGAGAGCACCAAUGCAACAAGUCUUUGGAUACCCAGACCGAGAGCACGAGCUUUUGCAAGCCCAGGGCCCAAGUCAGCUACAGCAACCGCUUCGUGGCCCACAGAAGCCCACAACUGGGCCACCUGCACCUGAACACGUGCAGCCUCGGCCUCUUGCGGCAGCGCAGCCCAUCCAGCCAACACCGCCUGCUCAAGCCGAGCCUCCACUGGACAGACAAAAGACAGAGAUUCAGCAGCCGAAGAAGCCCCCUCGCGGCCCAGAGCGUGGCCGCUUCCAGACUGGGCCUCCGGAACUUGUGGAGAGACCGGUGGAGAGACAGAAGCCAGACAUGCAGCAGCCGAAGCCGAAAGCUAGGAGGCCGGAACAGGGUCGUUUCGACACCGGACCCCGGUACCCAACCGAGGCCGAGCCUCCUUCUUACUACGACUCAUUCCCGCUCCAUCAAUCCGGCCCUCGAGGUGCACCACCACGAUCCGAGCCCCCCCCGUCAGCUCGGCAAGCUCACGAUUCGCCCGCAGCCGCCCCGCAGCCCGGCCCUGUACCCCAGCCUUUCGGACAGCCGAUGCCGCCACAGCACGGACCCCGCGGUCUGCUCGGUGACCCUUCUCAGCCGCCAGUCUCGACACCUCCAGCUCAAAGGCCGAUCAGCACGGCACAGCGACAAAUGUCAGGACGCAUGUCUGACCCGUACCCUCCACAGCCGAAGCACCAGUCCCAGCCCACCACGCCUGUUGCGGCUGCCACGCCUCCGCCGCGUCCGGCGCAAGAACGAAAGACGUCAAGCCUCAUGCAGCUUUUGAAUGAUGAUCCGCCUGCGCAACCUAAACGUGCCAGCACGCCGGUCAAGACCCCGGCGCAACCGUCCCCUUCGCCGCACCCCGGAUCCAUGCUUAGAAAUUCAUCUGGACCGCCACCGCCGACGGGUAUGGAGCUGCGUCCCGACCCAAGCCCACGAAACUACCACUAUGGAGAGUCUGCACCACCUGCCACCUCCGGCAUGCCACAGCUGAAGCCGAGCUAUACAGCUUCGCCGCAGGCUCAGCACCUCAACCCUCCAAGGUCCGCCAUUGUCUCACCACACGAGGCAGCUGUGGCAUCCGAGCGUGAGUCCUACUAUCGGCACCCGUAUCAACAGCACGCCCAGGCCUCAGUUGCGAGCCCACCUGCAGGAUCUCUUCACUACGCCAACCCACCUCAGGCGCCACGGGACUCCUACACAAGCCAGGCUGCCUAUCCUCCAUAUGGUGGGGGCCCGACAUCACACGCUGGCUCUCCCCCUCCUUCGUACGCAUCCCAGCACCCGGGAUCGAGACCAAGGGACCCGGCACCGCCCAGUCGGGAGACGGCUUGGCCAUCGGGGCCACAAGGCCAUAGCAUGAACCAAGGGCCGCCCGCACCGCAACAACAAGCGGGAUGGCCAACGUCACAUGGCGCGGUUGCGAAGCAGGGACAGCAGGCACCGCCCCAGCAGCCAUCGUGGGCAUCACCUCACGGCGGAAUACAGAAGCCACCGACGCCGUCAUCCAUGUCGCAGCAGCCGUCAUGGGCAGCACCGCCCCCCCCUCAACAGCAGCAGCAACAGCAGCAGCAACAGCAGCAAGCACCGCCGCAGCAAGCGCAACAUCACCUGUCACUGCGAGACGACCGGGGGCCGUCGUCGAUGUACGGAGGACCAAGCGGGCACCAACACUCACACUCGAUGUCCGGCAGGUUCCCACCAACGUCUCGAGCACCAGAGACGAUGGCUCCGCAGGCUCCGCAGGCGUAUCCGCCGCGCUACGCCACGCCAGGACCGCGCGACCAGGCGCCGCCCCGAAGCUACACACCCGUCUCGGCUUACGAUGGCCGGGGUCCGCCUCAAUCUCAAUAUGCGCCUGACCCGCGUGACCUGCAGAUGCGACCAAACGACAUGGUGCGGGAUCACAGGGACCUUAGGGGUGAUCCCAGGGAUCCCCGCGAGGCGCAGCAGCAGCAGCAGCAGCAGCAACAACAGCAGCAGCAGAUGAUGGGUCGUCAGCUGCGGCCCCAUGAUGGCUACGAGAGGCAGCCGGACCGUUUUGGCCGGUAA